AGAGUCUUCUCAUUGAGCUGGGAGGUAUCAAGCUGCCUUGAUUAAUCCAAGCUAUUUAAACCCACCCUAGUGCUGUAAUGUCAAGCAAAGCAAUGCAGUGAAGUCACUCCAAUAAGUUUUUUAUGGGUAAAAGACCAGAAUUUUAUUUUUUUUUUAUCUAAAGUGAAAGCUUUAUCAACAUGGGAUUUGAUUAGGAAACCAGAUAUAUACAUCAAGAAAGCCAUUAUUUUGACACCCCUGAGCUCCGGGCUGCCUUUAAUAUUAAAGGCAAAAGAGAAAAAAGGGGAAUGUAAAUAAUUCCCCUGAUCUAUCAAUGAAUUUAUGUCAACCUUAUUCCUCCAGUGGUUUAGUGCUUAUGGAGUAUCUUCAGAGCCAGGAAACAAACAUUUUGACUAGUACUGAAAUAGUUUUGAAUUAAAGGAGGAAAAAAUAGGCAAGCAAACAUGCCUCUUUUACAUUCCUAAACAUGGAUGUUAUGGAACCACAAGGCAAAAAAUCCAGUAAAACUAUAUUUGAGAAUGUUUCUCUGGGAAAUGUUUAGAUGGUGGUUAUUUUUGUCAUAUUUCUGAUGGAUGAAAUUAAAUCCUUCUGCAUUUCUGCCAGAGGUAUUUACAUGAGAGACCACACAGCCUCUGUAAAUAAAGCAAAUGGAUGCUGUGGCUGCCAUGCUCACAUGGGAGCAACUCUCAGUGUGCCAGGUUCCAAGCUUUCAGCUUUCUCUUCUUCCUAGUGUCCUGUGAUGACCCCCUGUGCCUGGGGCUGUGCUUCCAGAAGCCAAAGAGCAACUAGAGCUCCGUACAGCUACAAUCUACAGUGAAACAACAAAUAUUCAGAUAAACAUCUGGAGGGCAAAUAUGCCCAAUAAGUUUUCCAUGAGGAGCAGCACUGCCAGUGACUACUCGAGUCUGAGUGAUUCUCAGCUGCUCUUUGGCUCCCAGUUCUGCCCGGACAAUGUGCAGUCGGCAGCGGCACCGCUGGAGCUGGGCACACAGCCGGGACAGCAGAACUCCCAGGAUAGCGAGCCCAGUAUUUUUACCAAAUACCAGACAAAACCACAGUUAUUUGAUGAAGAAACAAGAGAAAAAGGUUCUCUUAAUUUUGGUGCCGGAAGAGUGAAAAAUGUCUUGGAAAAUUUUGAAGUGAAUAAAAACAAAAUAAAGGACAAAUAUGACCGUGAAGUCCUAAGCUCCUUUAUUUUCAGCAUCAAAGACAGGCUUCAAGAGCUGCCAGUAUGCUUCGAGAAGUUUGAAGAAAUAUUUGAUUCCAAACUCAAAUCCAGUUUAGUUUGCCUAGAAACCCUUUUCAAGACAUUGGAAGAUGCUCUUCAAAGUCACUGUAGCUUGGUGAUGAAAGCUUUGACAGAAAAAAGCCAAAUGGAGCAGGCACUGCUGGAGAUGGAGAGGAGACUUGCAGCCAAAGAUGUGGAGAUUUUGGAUAUGAAAUCCAGUAUGCAGCUGCUGAAGGAGGGUCUGGAAUCACUGCCAGCCCAGCUGAAUGACCAGUUCCUGAAAGCAUGUAAAGAACUUGGCUUCCUGAAGCCAUGUAAUACCUCAGCUGAACAGCACACGCUUUUGUCUAGUGCCAGCCUGCCCCCUCACACAACAGAUAAGUCUUUCCAGACCUCCCCUGGGCUGUGCCAACACUGUGUCCUGACUGAGGAGCACCUGCACAGGUCAUGCUGUGCAGGCAGGGGAGUUUGCAGCUGUUCAGGCUGGUCUCAUUUCCCCUGUGUGACAGUGGGGCAGCAACACAGAGGCUCCCCUGGAAGGAACCAGGUCACUGGAGAUGGCACAUCUAAGGGUGACCUAAACUCAGCCUCAGGAGACAAAGCCAGCCCCAUUGCUCCAGCAGCCUGUGGCAGAGCAAACACCUUUUUACAGGAGGUGAAAUGCAGCUCGGAGACACAGAGCUGUGCUGCUCAUCCUUGCAUGUGCUGGGCUGGCAGACACUUUUUGGGGAGUAGUCAGAAGAAACACUGUCCUGUACCACUAGAAGUGCCUCUACCAACCCCACUGAGAAAGGCAUUCAGGAGAGGCACUCAAGGGUUUAAACCCCUGACACCAUCACAGCAGCAGCAGCCUCAAGUUUGCCACCAUUCUGCACAGAAAGCUACACCUGGGCAAAGACACAGCAACUGGUCCACAGACCAUGAGGUGGAGAAGGCAGCUGUAGGGAACAAAACAAAACUGAGUCCAGGAAGGAUGCCCUGGAAAAAAGCAAUAAGGAGAAAGACAACAUACUCCACUAAAGGGAAAGGCGAACACUCUGGAUAUGCUGACAGUGGGCUGAAGCAGCAGAAGGCAAAUGGGAUUAUUGACUUGGAAAGCUCCAGAAAAAAUUCCCUUUGCAGCUACUUGGUUGAUCUGAAUUCAGAAAAUUCUGACACGGUCUUUGCAGCUCCCCAUCAGCAGAUCCUCAGCAGUGCUCAGCUGGGGCUUACAAAGAAUUUCCCACCAGUGCCACACUCUGAUAAAAGCCUGCAACAGCUUGCAAGCAGAAGAAAGAGAAGUCUUGAAAUUAAAAAAACAAUGAAUGUUUCCAGUGUAAAAAGGUAUCUCUUGGAUUCCUCUCCUGAGGAGGAUGUACUUUCCCUGUGUAGCACAACAGGUGUAAAGCAAAUGAGCUACUUCAGCCUCCAAAGCCCCUCAAGCUCCAAGAAACCACAUCCUGUCAAUCCGCUGGCUCAGCAGAAAACAGCCUGUUGCUCUUUACUGUUAGAUUGUGAUUCUUCUGAUUGAAGGGGUUUGUUUCAUGCUCGGAGCCCUUAGUGCAGGAUGACCAUUUCAGUUGCAGUUUAUUCUUCUAUGUGUGUUACCUGCAUAGUCAGAGGCAAGACUCAGGCCUGGAUGCUUGAAAGUGCUAUUGCCCAGUUGGAGACAUUGUAAGGGACUACAUGGGGUCUAAGCAGGGCUCUCCCCUGGCUUGGAAAGCUGAAGGGAUGUGUAUUGCUUUACUUCCCCUCUCCCAGCAGAGAUGCCAUGGGCUUGAGUUACCAUAGCAUUUACACAGCAGCGAAGUAGAGGGCUGGCAGAGCAUACUGUCAGCUCAGUCAGAUUUGGCACUGAGAUCUACUGGAAACUCCUCAGCUAGAUUGAUACAGUGCUAUCUCUGUGGCCCGAGGCUUCACUCUGUUUCUCACUCGUGGUAUCUCUGUUGGUUCGUUAUGUAAAAGUUCAGGUUUUUAGUAGAGUAGUAUUGUUCUGGUUGAUUUCGAUCAGGUUCAGAUUUGUCUCAGGAGUUGUUUGUGAACUUUGGGCAGGAAGAGGUUUAACUGAGGAAAACCAAACCCCAGUGUCUCAGGUUUGUCCAGUAUUGUAUCUCUUCUCCUUACAGGCUGAAAUUCCUCAGUUUCAGAGAUUCCAGGAAGUUAUUUUGUUUCUACUUUAUUUGUCUUUUGUAUCUCUUGGCUGAUUAAGGAAUUCUCCAACAUACCCAUUUUCAAAGGCAGUAGUUCUUGGAAACCAAAGAUACGACAGGCAGAUCCAGCAGAUGAGAUGUCUGGACAGUCCCAAUUCCCACAGAGCAACUCUCUUCAGGGUACUCGGCUGUGACUGUGGGCAGCUCCCACUGCUUUGGGCAUUCGUGUCACGUUUGACUUUUGAUCUGAAAUGUUACCAGCAAAAGAAACAUUUUCGUGUUGACAAAACCAGAUUGCCACAAAGUCAAAUUAUCCAGCUUUGCUAUCCCAAGGUAAAUGGCUGUGAUCCCUUUCUUCUGGCUUUAAUAAACUCAUCUUCACCAGA